AUGGUCGGUUCUGGAGUCCUCGAGAUAUGGCACGAUAAGGGUAGCACAGAUACAAGCCUUGUAAUAGCGUAUGGUUGCCGCUACCGCUAUCAUGCGCCUACACAGCUAUCAUUAUCAUAUUUGACUCCGCGAUACCUCCAUUCUCACCGCCGUGUCCCUUUAUCUCAAUCGCUUCCUAUCUCCGCAAUCCACGCGACGGCUCUUUUACUUCGUUCUCGCCUCCCGAAUACUUACAUCUUCACGGGGAAUUCUCUCUUCUCUCGCAUGGAGCGAUUGUGGACUGGAAGUAGAAUCAAUAAAAACAAAAAAAUGGUAGAACAUUUGCAGAGUUAUGGAGUAAUUAGAUCGAUAAAGGUAGCCGAAGUAAUGGAAACUAUUGACAGGGCCUUGUUUGUGCCUGAGGAUGCCUCACCAUAUAUGGACAGUCCCAUGCAUAUAGGCUAUAAUGCCACUAUUUCUGCACCUCAUAUGCAUGCCACAUGCCUUGAAUUGUUGGAAAACCAUUUGAAGCCUGGCAUGCAUUCUUUGGAUGUUGGUUCAGGAACGGGGUAUUUGACAGCAUGCUUUGCUAUCAUGGUUGGACCAGAAGGCCGUGCAGUUGGGGUGGAACAUAUUCCUGAGUUGGUCGAAUCAUCUCUUCAGAAUAUUCAGAAGAGUGCAGCAGCUCCGCUGUUGAAAGCAGGAUCCCUCGUGCUGCACACUGGUGAUGGUAGACUGGGCUGGCCUGAGUAUGCACCUUACGAUGCUAUUCAUGUUGGAGCUGCGGCACCAGAAAUUCCCCAAGCACUCAUCGAUCAGUUGAAGCCUGGUGGGAGGUUGGUGAUCCCCGUGGGGAACCUUUUCCAGGACUUGCAGGUUGUGGAUAAGAAUCCGGAUGGUUCAGUAAGCAUUCGAAGUGAGACAUCUGUUCGCUAUGUACCAUUGACAAGUCGAGAAGCUCAGUUACGGGGAUAA